CGACACACAAAGAACGAAGGAUUUAACACUGAAAACUGCUAAAAUUAUUAACAGAAAAGUUCGCCCGCCCAAUUUCUUGAAUGGAGAAAAUCCGUUAGAGUUCAACUCGGCUCAUAGUUGUUUGCUACAAUGUUUUCAAUUGCAGCUAUCAAUGAUACAGACUCAAAAAGCCAAUGGGAACCUUUAGCCCCAACCAAAGAAGCCCAGGAAUUUCAUUUAUCACAAGCUUACCAUGAAGGACUUUUGAAACUGGAAGCUAAAGACUAUAAAAAAGCUCGUGAGCUUUUGGAGGCUGUGUUAAAGGAUCCUUUGGUCGCAAACUCUCAGGUGGAUAGUAAUUCUAGUGAUGGUCAUCUUUUGCAGCUCAGAUUUUUGGCACUGAAGAAUCUUGCCAAUGUUUUUCUACAACAAGGUGCUCCUUACUACAAAGAUGCUUUGCAAUGCUAUCUUCAAUCUGUAGAGAUUGAUAAUAAGGAUGCUGUUGUCUGGAAUAAGCUGGGAACUUUAGCAUGCUCAAUGGGAUCGUUGAGCAUUUCCCGCUGGGCAUUUGAACAAGGGUUAUAUUGUAGUCCCAAUAACUGGAAUUGCAUGGAAAAACUUUUAGAAGUGCUUAUUGCUAUAGGUGAUGAGGUUGCCUGCCUUUCAGUCGCUGAUCUAAUUCUAAGACAUUGGCCUUCCCAUUCUCGAGCUUUGCUUGUUAAAAGAACUAUUGAAGAGUCUGAACCAAUUCCAUUUGCCCCACGAGGGAUAGACAAUCUAGAACCUAAACAUACGCGGCUGAAAUUCCCAGAGAAGAGAAAAGCUGCAGGUGAUGACCUUGAUGAGAAACUUGUUUCCAAAAAGUUGAAGCAAAGUUUGGAGUUCUGCCUUCCAGAUGUUUCCUGGACAGCUCUUGCCAGUGAAUUCUUGAAAAUUUUACAUCCAUCAAUUGAAUCUAGUUCUGAACUUGGACUAGGGAAAAACAUAUCUGGUGAUGUUACAGUAAGCACUAAAUUGUCUAACAUACCAGGAAAAUCUAGGGAUCCUUCAGAAAGGAAAACUACUUAUGUCUCCGCAGCUGCUGAAAGCAUUUGCGUUGUGGAUUACAAGUCUGAGAAAGGUAGUGCUGGUAGAGAAAAACAAUCAAGUAUUUGUGGAGAACAACCUCAAGAAAGACGAAGCAGCCGCCUGGAAAGGCUCAGGAGUCGUAAACCAGACAAAGAAGAAUUAGAUUUUGAGACCAACAGGGACCUUGCUAAAGUUGUAAUGCUAUUUCUAGGACCCUAUCUUGUGAAUCAAACAGGAUUUGCAGACAAAGCUGAGGAUCUUCCUAAUUCACCGGAUACAGAGUGUGAUGAUGUUGUUGAAUUUGUCCUGAAAUCGACAAGAAAUCAUGGUGCUUACCACUUGGGUCACAUGCUCCUGGAAGAAGUUGCCAACCGAGGCAUUUUGUAUCAGGAUGGCAUGUCUAAAUUUUUAGAUCUGGAGAAGAUGAUAAGGUUUUGGGGCCAGGAGAGAACUCCUGAGUGCAAUUUGUUUCUUGCUGAGUUAUAUUAUGAUUUUGGUGUAUGUUCUUCUGACACUUCAAAGAAGUCUAGCUUGAUGUCAGAGGCUUCAUAUCAUCUAUGCAAAAUAAUUGAAUGCGUCGCUUUGGACUAUCCAUUCCACAUUAUUGGCAGGAAAGAAAGCUCUUCAACGAGGGCGCAUUGUCAGAAUAAUGGUCAUAGUGGAUAUCCUCAAAUUAGUAAAAAUCAUGGGUUUUGGGUUCGCUUUUUUUGGUUAAGUGGGCAAUUGUCUAUAUCAGACGGUGACAAAGCGAGAGCUCGAGAAGAGUUCUCUAUUUCAAUGGAGCUUUUGACAAAUAAGGAAAGCAAAAAUGACUUCGUUUCAUUGUCCCACUUAAAAUCGUAUAAGAGGCUGACUGUCGAUAGAAUCCUCCAUGAGAUUCAUCUACUGGACGUUGAUUUUCUAAUGAAGGAUGGUAUCCAUCAGUUAGUUGAUAAAAAUCUGCACUCUGAGUGUGUAAAGACACUUGCUCCUCUUCUCUUUUCCUCAAAAGAGGUCCGUGCUGAAUCAUUACGUGUCACCAAUCAUACAGAGAGAGGGCUAACUUCAAUUGAACUGUCUGCCUUAGAUAUUUUAAUAAAAGGAUGUGAGGAGACGGAGCCAUUGGACAUUGAGGUCUAUUUAAAUUGCCAUAAAAGGAAGUUGCAGGUGCUCAUUACUGCUGCUAGUGAGGAAGAAUAUCAGCUUUCUAACCAGAUGAAAGAUUCAAAAAUGUUAUCUGUCUCUGACUCAGAGUCAAAAGAAAUCCCAAGUGACCUCUGUAACUUGGUUGCUCAAGAAGUGAAGGCAAUAUCUCAGUGUGCGUCAAGGAUAAAGAGCAUCAGUAACCCUUCUGAAAGCUCU